AUUUUGGUUCCCUCCAUCUUACAAGUUAAAGAGCCAUCCUACUCAGUUGAGCAUUCCUGAGCCCCUCCUUCCGUCUCAACAUUGCUGUCUUCACCUUCAGCCUCUCCCACUCUUCACAAAUACCAUGGCUGGCAAAUUCGAGCCCAAGGUCCCUGUCCAGCUGGAUCCCCCAAAGGACGAUCCGAUCUCCCCUGAGGAACUGGCCAAGGCAAACGGCGAGAACGGUGGGAAGUGCUACGUGGCCAUCAAAGGCAUCGUCUACGACGUGACUGGAAACAAGGCCUACCAGCCGGGCGGCGCAUACCACGUGUUCGCCGGCAAGGACGCCUCGCGCGCCCUCGGCAAGACGUCCACCAAGCCCGAGGACGUCAGCCCCGAGUGGCGGGACCUGCCGGAGAAGGAGCAGAGCACGCUCAACGACUGGAUCACCUUCUUCUCGAAGCGGUAUAAUGUCGUUGGUAAGGUGCAGGGGGCGACGAAUUUUGAGUGAGGAGGACCAGAAGUCAGGCGGUCGGCCCGGGGAGGGGGCCGGUGCUCGCGAGCGAUGCUGGGGUUUUGUUUCGGGGGUCGAGAUUCGAACGACUGCUGCUUCCUGCUGCUUAUCAGGUUGGCGAAAGGGAGGGAAUUGUUGCAUGAGUUGGUGUUGGUUGGGGUUAAGACCCAGGUUUUGCUCUUUGAUCUUCCCACCAGUUGAUGAUAUGGCACUCCGGAGGUGAAAUCGGUUUCGACGUAUGGGAUCGUGCUCGGGGUGCCCUCAAAGAAAGGCUAGGUCUGGUGGUUGGCCCUUCCGCGGCCCUUCCGCGAUGGUCUAAUGACCGAGGGUUGCAUCGGAUGGGUCUUGUUGACCGAUGCUGGGUGCCUCAGAAUCCCCGGUCAGGCUUGACGACCUUCGAUGAGGUGACACCGGUCAUAUUGUGCACUUCCGGUGUCCACGGCAGAUAUUGAAGGGGAGCUUGGGCAGAGUCGGCCUGGCAAUUUACACACCCAUUCUCUGUGUAUCCCGUCGCACCACGACAUGUUUUCCGUCGUUGUGUAGCUCACCAACUGCCAUGUCCCUCUUUCAGGGGCGGAACGGGGGGCGGGGGCUCGGUGGCCAGAUAUUGGGUA